AUGGCAACCCUGACGACAAGCACGACGAAGCCGGAGACAAAGCCGGAGACAAAGCCGGAAGCAAAGCCGACGCCGACCAAGCAAGAGCCGGCGCAUUCGAGUGCCAAGCGCGUGCGGGGACCGACGAACAUCUACUCCAAGCUACUCCCGAUCACUCUUGCCGGAAACAAGCCAGACUCGUCAACCUUCUUCGCCAAGCUACUGCCUCUCCUCCGGCCCCUCCAUGCCUCAAGAUCCCCUGGAUCCUCCUCGCUCACUAUCACCGGCAGAUAUGACAAAAUCACUAACAGUAUCUGGAUCACUGCUGGCAGAACCAUACUGUGGCAGCAAGGCUUCUUCGGCAAGGGGAGUCUUAGUAGGAGUGAGCCCACCUGGCUUCAACGAGCUAAGAACCGAAAGUUACUCGAAGUUCUAGAGGACGAUAGAUAUCUCAAGCUGACAGCCGAGGAAAUGACCGCGAAACGGCGGGUGGAGCGGAAGGAAAGCAAGAUCCAAAAGUCGAAGCUCAAGCAGCUCGGGGUGACCAGCGAACCGGCUGUAGCGUCGUCGACGGUGACAGAAGAAAUUCCGCGAGAGACCGUCAAGCUACCUCCGAAGCAGAAGCUGGCUCAAAUGAUACCCCCGGAACUGGCGCUGGAGGUUGAGAAGAUCGAGGAUCUGGAGCACCUACAAUUGAUGAAUGAGGAGGCAUUCUUUUUGACGUUCGGGUUGGGAUGUCUGGACGACUCUGUUAGGUCUUCGGCCGCCCCAUUGACGAUUAUGGAGAUGUGGGAGCUGUUUUGUCAGGCGUCACUCCGAGGAAAGCCCGACCAGACCAUCCGUCCGGAUAACCCAUUCAUCCUCUCUUACGUGGUCUACCAUCACUUCCGUUCGCUCGGUUGGGUCGUCCGAUCAGGCAUCAAGUUUUGUGCUGAUUGGGUCCUCUACGGAUCCAGAGGGCCCGUUGGUGGCCAUGCUGAGUUCGCUGUCUGUAUGAUUCCAGUGUAUGCAGAUGGUAGGCCAGUCGAGAUGAUGGAAGACCGGACAUCAUGGAGAUGGCUGGGAACAGUGAACCGGGUGUGUGCAGGUGUGAAAAAGACCUUGAUCUUGGUUCAUGUUAUCGUGCCUAACGAAAUCGAAAGCGACGACUUGAAUUCUCCGCAGAUCUUAACCAAAUAUAUUAUCAAGGAAAUUGCUCUCAAACGCUUCAUUCCUGCCCGCAUGAGAGACUGA